CAGACGGACAGACAGCCAGACGCCCAGUACCCCGUCUCUAAUUGCCAAUUGCAAUGGUUGUAGAGGUUCCCCCAGGAACUGCGACCACACUCGCAGAGCCAAUCUCCGUCGAACGUCUCGGUUUUGAGCGAACGUUAGCUCCUCCGCCGCCGGCUCACCUCUUAGAAUCACUGGAAUUGGGCUCUGCUGGGCCAGCGACCGAGCUGGACGAGCAUAUAUCUGUGGGAAAUGUCGCAGGGCAGAAGAUUGAAGACCUCAGUUCGCUGUCCAUGACAUUUAUGCUCGGGAACGGGCAGAGGCGAGCUAUGAGCUUUCCUUCUGAAGAUGUGACGGUCGGCUCUGUGAAACAGCGGUUAAUGGAAGACUGGCCUUCUGAGUGGGAUGACCAAAAACCCGUUGGAGUUGGGAAUAUCCGUCUUUUGCAUCUUGGAAAACUCUUGGCCGACAAUCUAACUUUGAAAGACUGCCGUAUUCAGCAGGGAAAUCCCAAUGUCGUUCACUUAACAGUUCGGCCGGCCGAUCUUGUCCCUGAGGAGGACGUGGAUGCAAAAGUUGAGCAAAAGAAAGGCAGCGGCUGCUGUGUCCUCAUGUGAAUGUGUAUUGAGUUGAAACAUGGAGGCACAAUUACAUCAUGUGGAGCCUCACCGGCUGCGUUUGAUCCUGAGUGGGUGGUAGUUCUUUUUCUUUCGGGACAGUUCAUGGGAUAUAGGUUUCGGUUUUAUGGGUUUGGAAUGGCCAUGGCCAUGGCCAUGGGUUUCGGGGUGUCCGGUUUGACACAAUAAAUAUACGGU